AUGGAGGUCGACCAGGCCUCCACCUCGCAGCCAGAGGUGCCAGAGCUGCCGGUGCUGUCCCUGCCGGUGUUGCAAAUCGUCAAGGAUGGCCAGGGGCUGCACGGCCUGAAGCACUCCGACUACCAACGCUACAGGCAAGCUGCCAUCGAUGCACGCCCUCCCGGCACCAUCACUCCAGCGACGCAAUACUGCAGCAGAAGACUGAGGCGGGUGUACAAAGGCGUCAAGUUUCUGCACGGCAGGGGCCGCUAUCAGAAGAAGAAGCUCGAGCCGGAAGCAAUCAAGGAUGUCAGGCACCUGCACAUCCCGCUGGUGCAGGCGGAGCGGGCCUGGGCGUAUGCCAUGGAUUUGAAGAGCCAGCUGGAGCAGGACAUGGUGCCCCAGAAGCGCCAGCACCUCAUCCGCCGCCUGGCCAAGGCGGCGCGCCACGCCGCCGACCUGGUGGCCCUCGCCGCGCAGCGCUGCGACGCGCGCACGCAGCUGGAGGCGGAGGCCUACUCGCUGUGGAUGGCGGGCAGCGUGCUGCUGGAGAAGGAGAGCGACUGGGAGGGGGCACUGGCGCGCUUCCUGCGGGCCAGGCAGCUGUUUGAGGAGCUGGCUAAAGUGGGCAGCUUUGAGCAGCAGGGCGUGUGCAAGCACUUUUUGGACCAAGUGGACCCCACAGUCAGGUACUGCCAGUACCAGAUCAGCCGCAAGGGCGGCGCCGCGCCCAGCCCCGCCGAGCUGCUUGAGCUCAUCGGCGGCAGCGGCACGGAUCAGCUGCAGUCCAAGAUUGCAUCGCUGGCGGCAGAGGCACAGGCGGAGAAGGCGGCUGCCACAUCGUCGCUGAGCUGGGCGGGGGAGACGUAUGCCGAGCUGCAGAGCGAGCUGGAUGGAGCGAUGGAGGUGGAGGGCGGCGGCGAGGUGGAUGCGCGUGUGUCUCUGUAUGAUCGGAUGAUCAACGCUUAUGGCGAGGCGCGGCAGGCCAUCAAGUCGGUGCUGGCGCUGGGCCAGGGCGGCGCGGACAGCGCGCAGCUGCGGGGGGAGCUGAUGGCACUGGACCGCGCGGUGCAGGGGCUGGUGCUGGAGCGCACGAUACAGCGCAACCUGUUCCUGGCCGGCGACGCGGAGGCGCGGUUUGCGCGCACGCAGCGGCGCCAGCUCAGCGGGCAGCGCCAGCGAGGCGAGCGCGAGCGGCCCGCGCGCGCCGAGGAUGUGGUGCGCCUGUAUGAGCUGCUGGUGGCCAACACAUCUGAGCUGAAUGAGCUGGCAGCGCACGUGGGAGGGGCGGCGGGAGAGAUGCUGAUGGACGACUGCGCAGCCAAGCAAGCGCACUACCAGGCCGCCCGCUGCCUGUACCUGGCGCACAGCAUGCUGGCGGCGGAGAAGUAUCGGGAGGCGGCGGGCCUGUUUGGCCGCGCCGCCGACCGCUGCAAGCAGGCCGCCAGCAAGUACGAGGACUGCAGCAAGCCAGAUGUGGCUGCCGGGGAGCAGCUGGAGGCACUGGCGCAGCAGGCGGCGGCCUGGGGCGCCGCGGCGGCGGCGGAGCUGCGGGCGGGGGAGCUGCGGGAGAAGGAGGCGGCGCAGGAUGGGCUGGAGGGCAUGAGCCUGGGGGGCGAGGCGGCAGCAGGCAGGAAGCGUGGGCGGGAGGAUGCGUACCUGGCGGAGGAUCUGGAUGCCUGGGAGUCUUUCGUGGGGCCCGGCAAGGGCCAGGCGCGCAUCUGCAGGAUGCCGCCCGCCCUGCGCACCGUGCCCUUCCGCCCCAUCUUCCUGGACACCGCGCUCAACUACAUCCAGGCGCCAGACCUGACACACCGCCUGCCCGCCAAGCAGCAGCAGCCCGCGGCGACGGGGGCCUUGUCCCGCCUGUUUGGCGGCUGGCGCUGA